CCGGGCAGCAGCAGCAACAGGAAGUGAAGGAGUUGGAGCUGAGGGGUCACAAGGGCUAAAGGAAGAGCUGAUGUCCAUCAGAGAGAGAAUGUUGCGUACGAAACUUAACUAGCUGCAUCAGCCAUGGCUCAGUGGGUUAAUACUCUUGCUUCUGAGUCAGAAGGUUUUUGGUUCAAGUCCAACUGUAGAGAUUUGAGCACAUAACCGAUGCUGAUACUGAGGGAAUGUUGCACUGUGGAGCUGCUAUCUUUCAGAUGAACGCAAAGCCAAGUCUGCCCUCUCACGGCAUUAUUUCAAAGAAGAGCAGGAAUUUCUUCUCAUGUCCUGGCCAAUAGUUAUCCCUCAACUACUAAAACAGUUUUCCUGAUCAUUGUCAUGUCACUGUAGGAGCUUGCUGUGUUACUUACAGCAGUGACUACACUUCAAGUCUUAUUUUCAAUGGCUGAAGUGGCAAAGUUGGCCGAUGAUCUCCUUGCUCAGCCGUGGAUCUCAGUCCAUAUUGGUGACUCUCCUUUCCUACUGAAGGCCUCUUUUGGUGAUGCUGCCUACAAACUGAUGCUCUCGGAUUUCGACAGUGUCUGGUGGGAGGAGAUGAACUCAGAUGGCCUCGAGCAAAGGGCGCAGGAACUGAACAAGCGGCUGAAGGCCCCGGUGUCUGCUUUCUGUCGUCACCUCCGUGAGGCGGUCGCUCCCCUGUUGCGAGGCGGAAGUGGGGAUCCUCUCCCUGGCUUCUCAUGCGAGCGAGCUCAGAAUCUGAUCAGCGUCGGCCUCCGGACCGAGUUAUCCGGCGUUCCUUUCUACUGGACCUUCCACUGCACCGAGGCUCCCCUGAGCAUGGUCUCCUGUCACAUGAUCUGCCCAUUGCUGAAUAUGAUGCAAGCUUUGCAUAGACAGACUCGAGACCUGAUGCUGCUCUUGGAAAGGAAAGAUGCAGAGAUUCUCGACUACAAGGAAAACGGUGCUACGCUCAGUAGAGAUCGCUUGGAGACUGAGACCUUCAACGCCGAGGAGUUUAAAGACAGAUUUCUUGCAGAGAGUCUGUCUGAGGCUAUUAGUGUGCAAGAUGGAAGACUAUUUAACACUGAGCUCCAGCGUCUCUACACAAUGGUAACAGCAGCCAAGACAAGGCAGAAAAGAGGACAUGACUCGGGAGAGGAGGACAAUAGGAAUUCUCAGCCCAGUCUCGAAGAAGCACAAAACAUACCUCCAAUCGAACCAAAAGAAGAAUUGGCCAAGCCAACUCCUGCAGAGAGUUCAGAAGUUAAAAAACAGGCACUCCAUCGUCUUCAUACUUCAGCUCCGAGAAAUUCUGUUCCUUCCAUCGCGAAGCAGAAGAAAAAGAAAAGCAAAGGAAUUUUUAGUUGAUUUUAAGAAUGGCUUAUUUUAAGCAAAAAGAGGUACUUGCUCUCAUCGCCCCACCUACCACCUUCCCACCUCAACCCCUAUUUUUUAAGUAGAGGCCACACAAUAGCCUGAUGGAUGGCGGCAGCAGCAUUAUUAUACAUUUCGUGAUGCUACAACAUUUCUUUCCUCUCCCCAUAUCGAAGUUUAUUUAAAAUCGAUUGUGCAAAAGGUUGAGAACCACAGCGUCAGUUUGCACUGCAACCAAUACCUUGUCAAACUCUCUGAGGUUCCCAACAUUUAACGGUAGCGUAAAUAAACUCCUGGAGGAGUCCCGCACCCUGCAGUGCCAGGAGCUGAGCCCCUGCAAGAGAUCCAAAGCAAUGACCCUUUAAAUGGAGGAGGAGCCAAGCUCUGUAUCGAAUUUGCCAGACUGUGGGGUUCCACGACUCUGUGCCAUCAACUGAAAGAGGUUUGCUUGCGUGAUGAUGGUUGCUGUGACAAUUGUUUCCAAAGGACGUAAAAUCACUGGGUGAUUUUGUUUUAAAUUUACUGUGCUAAUAUCAGCAAAGAAGCAGGAAUUAACUUUAAAACCCACAGUGGCAGAAUGGCAAGACAAAGUAGAGGAGGAUUUGAGGAGUAGGGGCUUGGAUGCCUAUUGUUUCUAUUCGCCUUGUGAUCUGUGACUCAAGCAGACUUUGCUGGCUAGCUCAGUUUUCUCCUUCAUGGUUGUGUUUAAGGUGAAACUCCAGCAAAAUGACAGCAUGCAGGUCAUCGAACCUUCCCCUGCAGUUGCCCAGGCAUUCAGGGUGUAAACUAAGUGGCAAUAAUGAGCCUGUAAUUUUGUUAGCAAUAACCUUGAUAUCAGAGAGGAUCUGUCUGCCUCUUGUCUGUCCCUAUCUCUCUUUUAGGUUUAUUUUUGCUCGUCAUUCUGUUCUCUGCUCCUCUCCCUCAUUUCCUCUCGCUUCUUCUUCUUGCUCAUUUCUCUUUUACAUUCUCUUCCCUUUCCCUCUCCCCAUGUCAUCUUCAUUCUGUUUUAUUCUCUUUCCUCUUAUUUUUCUGCCUGCAUUAUCUUAUCUUUUACCUGUUUUAAGCAAUAUAUAAUUUAUCAUAUCAGCAAUUUACAACUUUGGUCAGUGGGUGGUAGCUCACUGACCAGUGACUGGCAGUACUUGUUUAUGAACUUGUCAGUCAUCUUAAUGCAACGAUUUUAUAAUCUGUUUUAAAAGAAAAUCAACAUUUCUUAAACUUCCACUUAGUUCGGAAGUUGCAGGCACUUUUUAAUUUCAUAGCCCCAUAAUCACCAUUUUUGCAUUAGCAAUUUUUUUUCUUCCCCUCACACCCCUCUUUAUUUCUAAUCCGGUUAGACAACAAAAUUUAUAGGUUCAGCAUUCGUUACUCCAAAUUAAAAUUAAAUAGUUGCAAAUUACCAGUGUACCAGCAAUAGUAACUACUUUGUCUAAUUAAUUAAAGGGUCCGCAAGAUUUCCAACUUGGGGACAACAGAUGGUAUGAAUUUGGCAAGCAGCUGUUUUUUGCUUCAUUUUGUGUAGGGCUGAUUUUAUGCUAAAAAAUACGGGAAGCCGAAUCCAGCGUCAAAAAUAUUGGCUGAAGUUUGGCUUCGUUCUCGUUUGCUUUUGAAAUGACUUAACGAUGGCUCCAUGCACAAGUGCCUCUACUUCUUUUUUAAUCAUGAUUUUCUCUCCCCCCACCCCACCCCUUUCCCUCCUCCUUAAACUAGUUCACGUGUGUUGUCACGGUGGAAUGACGUGUGAAUUUUCUAGGCUUUCUUAAUGUUCCAUUUCCAUUUUAAAGAUUGACGCAGUCUGCAAAAUGCUGCUGUCCUUGCGUUAUGUAAAUACCUCUUUCUAGUACUUUUACAAAUUUUGCUUUUGCUUUUUAUUUUAAAAAACCUGAACGUCGAAAAUAAAGUUGUUUAAUUUUUCUUUUA